ACUGGAUUGUACACGAGUAAAAACCAUCAUGACCUUGGUUUAUUAAAGCGACGAGAGCACACGCCCAACAAUUUUGCAAUGCGGUUUGAUUUCCUGUUUCCUUUUCUUCAUUUUCCUCCGGACUGAACCCGCACCAGCCAUUUACGUACGCCCUUCCGCAGCCAACAUUUGCACACCUUGCCAUUGGUCACACGACAAGUAUACUGUACUUGACAAGACUGCAUAAUUCUCACAGCAGCCCACGUACCGUGAACAUGCAGCCAUCAAUCGUCCCGUCUGCCCUGGCCAGGUCGCGUGUCUCGGUGGCCACCACGCUGCGCCGAACAGUCCGGCCUCCCUCUUGCGCCAGCCGACCCCUAACCCUGGCCCCCUGCCCCUGGCCUCAGCACCAAUACCAACACCACAGCCAGCAGCCGCUACAUCAGCGCAGGUACAGCUCGCACUCUCCCAUGGGCGCGGCGCAGCCCAGCCAGCGCAAGAAGGUCGCGCUGGGCACCCUGCGCGCCAUGCACCGCAAGGGCGAGCCCAUAACCGUCAUGACGGCCCACGACUUCCCCAGCGCCCACGUGGCCGACGCCGCGGGCAUGGACGUCAUCCUCGUCGGCGACAGCCUGGCCAUGGUCGCCCUGGGCAUGGAGGACACGAGCGAGGUGGUCGCCGACGAGAUGCUGCUGCACUGCCGCUCCGUCGCCCGCGCCACCAAGUCCGCCUUCACCGUCGGCGACCUCCCCAUGGGCUCGUACGAGGUCUCGCCCGAGCAGGCCCUCGCCACCGCCAUCCGCUUCAUCAAGGAGGGCCGGGUCCAGGGCGUGAAGCUCGAGGGAGGGAGGGAGAUGGCCCCCACGAUCCGCCGCCUCACCACCGCGGGCAUCCCGGUCCUGGCCCACGUCGGCCUGACCCCGCAGCGCCAGCACGCCCUUGGCGGCUUCCGCGUCCAAGGCCGCACCGCCGCCGGCGCCACUGCCGUGCUGGAGGACGCCCUCGCGGUCCAAGAGGCCGGGGCCUUCGCCACUGUCCUCGAGGCCGUGCCUGCCGAGGUCGCCGCACUGAUAACAAGCCGCCUGCGCAUCCCCACCAUCGGCAUCGGCGCCGGCAACGGUUGCUCCGGCCAGGUGCUGGUCCAGAUCGACUUGACGGGAAACUUUCCGCCCGGCCGCUUCCUGCCCAAGUUUGUCAAGCAGUACGGCAACGUCUGGGCCGAGUCACUCAGGGCCAUCGAAGCUUACCGUGACGACGUAAAGUCUCGCGCGUACCCUGCCACCGAACACACCUACCCCAUCCCACCCGAGGAGCUGGCCGCAUUCACUGCUAAGCUCGAAAAGGCCGACGCAGAGAACCCGCCCUCUUCAUAGAUCCAUCCUGAUUUAUUGAUUUGGUCAGCAUCCUGGUUUUCAUAUAACGACAGUUACGCUGGAGCAUACGCUGGAUAUGCAUCAGUGGCGUUUGUUCAGGAGGAUGAUACAACUCACCUUCUGUGUCCUUUUGAUUUUUGAUUGUUUGGUAAUAUAGACGUAGCAAGCCUGUAACAGACGAUACCGACAAGGCGAUAGCGCUCGAUUAGGGUAGAUGAUACGUAUUCUUUCGCGGCCAAGGCAAUCGACACUUCAUCCAAAAGCUGGUGUCAUGGAGUAGGCAACAUUGAGCUGGCCGUUGGAAUCCUUGAAGCACUGCAGAGAAGUCGUAUGGGCAGUCAGAGCAAUGCGCGCACAGCCAUGUCCCGCAGGAGGAAAGGAGACAUGGGGGGCCCCGCCUACCCGGUGCAGAUUCCCGACGAUCUCGUCGAGCGCCGGCGCAAAGGUCGAGUUGAUGUACAGAAACACGCUCUCCGUCGGCGCGACCUGGAGCCUCCGGCGCAGGUACAGGACCACGGAG